AUGUCGACCGGAGCCGAGAGGAGACUCGAGUCCCGCAUGAGGAAACUGGAGGCAAUGAUAAGGGACCAGCAGUCAGCGCUGAACCUGGAAAGCUUGCUGGAUUCCGUGAACGCCUUGGCCCUGGACCUGAAUCACCCUGCGCUGCGGAAGAACAAAAACAUUGAUGCCUUCUUGAGCAGAUAUGAAAAGGCUGUGAUUCGUCUGAGGGAGCUGCAGGUGAGGCUGGAUGAUUUCGAACGAAUAAAACUAAUUGGCAGGGGAGCCUAUGGAGCGGUGCAGCUGGUGCGGCACAAGGUGUCUAAACAAGUGUAUGCUAUGAAACAGCUGAGUAAGUUUGAGAUGAUCAAGCGCUCUGACUCGGCUUUCUUCUGGGAGGAGCGCGACAUCAUGGCCUUUUCCAACAGCCCCUGGAUCGUUCAGCUGUGCUGUGCGUUUCAAGACGAGCGGCACUUGUACCUGGUGAUGGAGUUCAUGCCAGGUGGAGAUGUAGUGACCCUGACCAUGAACUACGACAUGCCGGAGAAGUGGGCUCGCUUCUACACAGCUGAGAUGGUGCUGGCGCUGGACGCCAUCCACUCCCUGGGCUUCAUUCACAGAGACAUCAAGCCUGACAACAUGCUGCUGGACCGUAAUGGCCACCUCAAGCUUGCUGACUUCGGAACCUGCAUGAAAAUGGACAAGUCUGGGAUGGUCCGAUGUGACACAGCUGUAGGGACUCCUGACUACAUUUCGCCAGAGGUGCUGAUGUCACAGGGUGGGACAGGUUACUAUGGACGUGAGUGUGAUUGGUGGUCUGUGGGUGUCGUCAUCUAUGAACUACUGGUUGGUGACACGCCAUUCUAUGCCGAGUCACUGGUGGGCACUUAUGGAAAGAUCAUGGACCACAAAAACAGCCUCGCCUUCCCUGAUGAGGUGGAAAUGUCCAAAGAAGCUAAAGACCUGAUCUGUGCCUUCCUGACUGACAGGGAGGUGAGGCUGGGCCGGACAGGAGUGGAGGAAAUCAAAUCUCAUCCCUUCUUCAAAAACGACCAGUGGAACUUCGACACCAUACGAGACACCAUGGCUCCAGUGGUGCCGGAGUUGAACAGUGAUAUUGACACGAGUCAUUUUGAUGACAUUGAGGAUGAGAAAGGAGACGUGGAGACUUUCCCUCCCCCCCGCGCCUUCGUAGGCAACCAACUACCUUUUGUGGGCUUUACCUACUUCAGGGAGGACCAGUUGAUGAGCUACAGAGAGAGCUCUGCAGAAGACGAAUCGGAAAUCAGUGUUGAUGGUUGCUCGGAAAAGGAGCGUCGCUUAGAUAACUCUGAAUCUAAUGAUCUGCAGAAGAAGCUGGGUAAGUUGGAAGAAAAGUUCAAACAUGAGAUGCAAGCCAAGGAUGAACUGGAAAGCAAAUGCAGAACUGCAAAUGAUCGACUAGACAAACUGUCCAAGGAGCUCGAAGAGGAGAUGAGUGCGAGGCACAGGGCGGAGGACUCUUUGAGGAAGCUGGAGAGAGAGAAAGCUCUGCUGCAGCACCAGAACACAGAGAGCCUGAGAAAGGCUGAUCUGGAGACAGAGCGAAAGCGAGGCUUAGAGAAUGAAGUGAGCAGUCUGAAAGAGCAGCUAGCUGAGCUGAAGAAGAAGAGCUACAACUCUCAGAUCUCCACUGAGAAGAACAUCCACCUAGAGAGACAGUUGGAGGAGGUGAGUGCUAAGCUGCAGGUGGAAGUGAAGGAAUCUGAGCGUCUGAAGAAAGCUCAGGGUGAGGCUGUGAAGCAGGCCCAGCAGCAGGAGCUCUCUCUGAGGGAGCUGCAAGAGCGGCUAACCCAGCUGGAGAGCAGCAAGCUGGGGCUGGAACAGGAAAAGCUCAGCCUACAGGACGCCCUGGAGACCGAGAAGAGGGAGCGCAGCCACAGCUCCGAAAUCAUCACCGACCUGCAGGCUCGUGUCUCUGGUCUGGAGGAUGAGUUGAAGCAGAUGAAAAGUUCUCUUUCUAAGGCUGAGGGAGAGAAGAGACAGCUACAGGAAGAACUGACAGACCUGGAGAAGGUGAGGAGUCAGCAGGAAAUAGACCUUUCCUUCAAGCUCAAAUCUGUCCAGCAGCGUUUGGAGCAGGAAGAGGAGGAACAUAAAGCCACUAAAGCUCGUCUUGCUGACCACAGCAAACUCAACCAGUCCAUCGAGGAGGCCAAGUCUGAAGUGCUGAGAGACAUGGAGCGUAAGCUACAAGAGGAGCGCCUGGCUAAGCAGCAGCUAGAGGGUAAACUGAUGCAGAUGGAGAAACAUCACUCAGUUUUAGACUGCGACUACAAACAGGCCCAGAAUGAGCUGCAGGAGCUGCGCUCACACAAAAACAAACUCACUGAGGAGGUGGAUGUGCUGACUGUGCGUGUGGAGCAGGAGACUCAACGCAGGAAUCUGUCUCAGGCUGAUCUGAAAGCUCAGAGACAGGAGGUCAGCACACUGCGCUCCUCAGAAAAACAACUCAAACAAGAGCUGAACCACCUACUGGAGCUCAAACUCAGCCUGGAGAAACACAACCAGGAGCUGCGCAGGGAGAGAGAAGAUUCUGAACUCCAUCUAAAGGAGUUAAAGGACCAGCUGGAGGCGGAGCAGUAUUUCACAAACCUGUAUAAGACCCAGAUUCGUGAGCUGAAGGAGGAAUGUGAUGAAAAAAUGAAACUGUACCAGGACGCACAGCAGAGACUGGAGGAUCUACAGGAAGAGAGGGACUCCCUGGCCGCUCAGCUGGAGGCGAGUCUAACAAAGGCGGAUUCGGAGCAGCUGGCACGCUCCAUCGCUGAGGAGCAGUACUCAGACCUGGAGAAGGAAAAAAUCAUGAAAGAGCUGGAGAUCAAAGAUAUGAUAGCAAGACACCGGCAGGAGCUCAGCGACAAGGACAAUACUAUCAGCUCGCUAGAGGAGUCCAACCGCACGCUAACUGUGGAUGUAGCCAAUCUGGCCAAUGAGAAAGAGGAGCUCAAUAAUCAGCUCAAAGAGCUUCAGCAGCAGUUGCUAAAGACUAAAGAAGACGAGAAGCAGCUGAGCCUUAUAAGGAUGUCCUUUGAGAAGCAGCUUCAGUCAGAGAGAACACUGAAGAUCCAGGCCGUUAAUAAGCUGGCUGAGAUCAUGAACAAGAAGGAAUCGGCGCCCAGUGGCCGCCGUGGCGACGACAUCGAGCUGCGCAGGAGGGAGAAGGAAAACAGGAAGUUGCAGCUGGAGCUGCGCUCCGAGAAAGAGAAACUCAACAGCACCAUCAUCAAAUACCAGAAAGAGAUCAACGAGAUGCAGGCUUCGAUAAUGGAGGACUCUCAGGUGCGUUUAGAACUGCAGAUGGCUCUGGACAGCAAGGACAGUGAUAUAGAGCGUCUGCGCAGUCAGCUGACCUCUCUCAGCAUCCACUCUCUGGACACCACCAGCAUCAGCAGUACAGGCAACGAGCUGGACAAUGAGCUUUACCCAGACUCUAGUCUUGAGGGCUGGCUGUCUGUUCCAAGCAAGAACACAAAGAGAUUUGGAUGGGAUAAGAAGUAUGUGGUGAUGAGCAGUAAGAAGAUCCUGUUCUAUGACUCAGAGGAAGACAGAGAGCAGUCCAACCCAUUCAUGAUACUGGACAUAGAUAAACUGUUCCAUGUUCGGCCUGUCACUCAAACUGAUGUUUACCGUGCAGAUGCCAGAGAGAUCCCACGCAUUUUCCAGAUCCUCUACGACAACGAGGGUGAGAGUAAGAAGGAUCAGGAGGUUGCCAUGGAGCUUUCUGCGGCCGAGAGGUCAGCAUGCAUCUCCCACAAAGGUCAUGAGUUUGUGCCGACGCUCUAUCAUUUCCCCUCUAGCUGUGAGGUGUGCCCCCGGCCACUCUGGAAUGUCUUCAAGCCCCCACCGGCCCUGGAGUGCCGUCGCUGCCGUGUGAAAUGCCACAAAGACCACCUGGAUCGCAAAGAGGAAGUUCUUGCGCCCUGCAAAGUGAACUACGACAUGUCCACGGCUAAAGAGCUGCUGUUGCUGGCUAGCUCUACGGCGGAGCAGCAGAAAUGGGUCAGUCGCCUGCUCAAGCGAAUCCCCCGCAAAUCCUCUGCCCCAGUCCCAGCCCUGACCAACACACCACCUCAGGAGACCCCGGUUGGGUCACCGCCGCUGCCCUCACCCCACUUAUCCCCCCGCAACUCCCCAAAACUCGCUCCUAGAGGAGCUAUCAGGGUGUCAAACAGAGGCCCUCCGCCUUCUGCCAAGACCAGCUAACCUUGAUGAACGUUGGAUCGGACACAGCCCCAUGUAGCAGCUGCUGCAGCUCACUGGACAUUACAGAAAGGACCUUAGAGGCAAAUCCAGGCAAAAGACUAAUGAACUACAUCUACUGGUGAAUAUGAUAUGAAUGGGUAUCGUAUGUACCCCACCAUUUAACCCUGCACAUGCAAGCGUGCCAGGUUAACCUGAAGAGUAAUAUGUGCCUUUUACCAGAGCUGGGCUUUAUAUAGCUGCCUUUAUAUGAAAAGUUCCCAAAGAUGUCAAUGUUGCAGUGUGAAAGUAUUGAAAAGUAUUAAGAUAUUAUUUUGUCUUGUGUUUGUGUGUUUGUGUGAAUGAAUGGUUUUGUAUGUGAGUUAGUUAGUCAGGAAAUCAUGAUAUUCUGAAUUUGUAUACUCAGAUAUUCUAUUUCUAUAAGAAAAGUAGCCAGACAUUUAACUGCAAACACUACAUUUUAGCUUGCUCAAUACCAAAAGGAUACAUAAUCAUGGAGGAUUCAGAAAGAGCCAGUUUGUCCGAUGUCAUGGUAUCUAUUUGAAGGAAGGAAUACAGAACACUAGUUUUUUGUUUGAAAGAUGCAGUGCACUGCACAUUUCAUUUUAUGCAUUGUCAGUUCAUAACUAGACAUACAACUACCUAAGCAUGUGCAGCUCUGGUCCAAACUCUUUUGUAUUCAACAUCUAUAGAACACACAGAAAAAGUCUACUGACUAAAUCCUGGUUAACGUUGUGAAACACUAAAAAGAUUUAUUUGAGAAAAAA